AUGUGCCAGUACGGAAAAGUAAUUCUCACCGAGGUCCACUGCCUUCGAGCGAUCCCUGAGAAGCACCGAACGGAGAAACGACUGGUCAAGAGGUGUCCCAAGUCGCCAAAACCGGGAUUGGCCUGCUACCAGAUGUCCCAUGAUCCGGCCUUGGAUCAGUUGCCGUCCUGGGAGUUUGGAAGCUGUCAAUAUUGCGAAGACUCUACAGCCAAGGUCGAUACUAUCAAAAUUAAACUGGUCGACCUUGCGAACUGA